CCCCUUCGUGCCAGCGACUCGGCCGCAAACCGCGGUCCGAGAUCGAACAAUCGCAAGCGCGAGAGAGAAGAAGAUAUUUCCUCUCCUGCCCCAUUGCCUCCAUCCAGCCCAACCGCACUGGGCUCAUCCCCUCCCCCUAUGCCAUUCGAUGAAGACGAUGAUGAAGAUGAAGGCGCCGAGCUCAUUCCUGAUAUCGACGAUGUGGACGAGCUGGCUGAAGACGAGGAUGGCAUUGAUCUGUUCGGCGACAACUUCGAGCGGGAUUAUCGCGAUGGCGAAGAAGAGCAAUAUGCCAAUGAGGGAUACAUCGACGACGACGGAGACCACGAUGAAAUCGACGCCGCCACUCGUCGUCAACUAGAUGCUCGUUUGAACAAGAGAGAUCAGGAGCUUGCUAGGCGGCGCCGCAUGCCCGCCGCUUUCUUGCAGGAUGAUGAUGACCUGGAGAUGGAUUUGUCGCGCCAGCCCCGUCGCCGUCGCCACCACUAUGAUGAGGAACGAGAGGACAUUGACAUGGCCGAUGAGGGUAUGGAAGAGCUGUCUCUUGAGGAGUUGGCAGAUGUCAAGGCUGCCAACAUUACCGACUGGGUCACCCAGCCCCAGGUUCUUCGCUCUAUUUACCGCGAGUUCAAGGCUUUCUUGACAGAGUUCAUCGACCCUAGCGGUCAAUCGGUUUACGGUAACCGAAUUAAGACCCUUGGUGAGAUCAACUCCGCCUCAUUGGAGGUGUCCUACGCCCACCUGAGCGAGACCAAGGCCGCUCUCUCAUACUUCCUUGCCAAUGAACCUACCGAAGUCCUCAAGGUCUUCGACCAGGUUGCACUCGAUGUGACUCUCUUCCACUACCCCCAAUACCACGAUAUCCACAACGAGAUCCACGUCCGUAUCACUGACGUCCCCAUCAUCUACACUCUACGUCAGCUGCGUCAAUCCCACCUCAACUGUCUGGUUCGCGUCAGCGGUGUCGUCACCCGCCGGACUGGUGUGUUCCCCCAGCUUAAGUACGUGAUGUUCCUCUGCUCGAAGUGUGGUGUUACUCUGGGUCCGUUCCAGCAAGAAGCCAGCGCGGAAGUCAAGAUCUCCUUCUGCCAAAACUGCCAGUCUCGCGGUCCAUUCACUGUCAACACCGAGAAGACCGUGUACCGUAACUACCAGAAGUUGACUCUGCAGGAGUCACCAGGCUCGGUUCCUGCCGGUCGUCUACCGCGCCAGCGUGAAGUUGUUCUCCUGGCUGAUCUUAUUGAUCUGGCUAAGCCCGGUGAUGAGAUUGAAAUCACUGGUAUUUACCGCAACAGCUACGACGCCUCUCUCAACAACAAGAACGGAUUCCCCGUAUUCGCCACCAUCAUCGAAGCUAACCAUGUCGUCAAAUCGCAUGAUCAACUCGCUGGUUUCAAUAUGACCGAAGAGGAUGAGCGGGAGAUCCGCAAUCUUUCUCGCGAUCCCGAUAUUGUGGACAAGAUCAUUCGAUCUAUGGCUCCUAGUAUCUACGGACACAGUGAUGUCAAGACCGCUGUGGCUCUUUCCCUCUUUGGUGGUGUUAGCAAACAAGCGCAAGGCAAGAUGAAUAUUCGUGGUGAUAUCAACGUACUGCUGCUUGGUGACCCCGGUACUGCCAAGUCGCAAGUCCUCAAGUUCGUUGAGAAGACUGCCCACCGAGCCGUCUUUGCCACAGGUCAGGGUGCCAGUGCUGUCGGUUUGACUGCUAGUGUUCGCCGAGACCCCCUGACCAGCGAGUGGACCCUGGAAGGUGGUGCCCUGGUGCUGGCUGACCGCGGUACUUGUCUGAUUGACGAGUUUGACAAGAUGAACGACCAAGAUCGUACCUCCAUCCACGAAGCCAUGGAGCAGCAGACUAUCUCCAUCUCCAAGGCUGGUAUCGUCACUACUCUGCAAGCUCGCUGCUCUGUUCUCGCUGCUGCCAAUCCAAACGGCGGCCGCUACAACAGCACCAAGCCCCUCGCACAGAAUGUCGAUCUGACCGAGCCUAUCUUGUCUCGUUUCGAUAUCAUGUGCGUGGUUCGCGAUCUGGUCGAGCCAACCGAAGACGAGCGCCUUGCCAACUUCGUCAUCGAAUCCCACCACCGCGCCAACCCAGCCCGACCCCUGCGAAACGACGCUGGCGACCCCGUCGAUGCGGAUAACAACCGCAUUGACUCUGAGGGCUACCGUAUCGACAGGGAUGGCCGCCGUCUACCUCUCACCCAAGAAGAGACCGCCAAACGCACCGCCGAGCAGAAGCGCUCCGACGAGGAGAAGGAAGGCGAGAUCCCCCAAGAGCUACUGCGAAAGUAUAUCCUCUACGCUCGCGAGCGAUGCCACCCGAAGCUGUACCAAAUCGAUCAAGACAAGAUCGCCCGUCUCUUCGCGGACAUGCGCCGCGAGUCUCUGGCUACGGGUGCCUACCCCAUCACAGUCCGUCACCUGGAAGCCAUCAUGCGUAUCGCAGAAGCUUUCUGCAAAAUGCGUCUAUCCGAGUACUGCUCUUCAGUGGACAUUGACCGCGCCAUCGCCGUCACAGUCGACUCCUUUGUCGGCAGCCAGAAAGUCAGCUGCAAGAAGGCGCUCUCCCGUGCAUUUGCCAAGUACACGCUUGCAAGACCCAAGCCGCAGUCCAAGCGCCGUGCGGGUAUUCCCGUGUCACGGGGUACCUCGGCUGUCCACUAA